GUGGCGCCGAGCCCUGGUGAUCCCCGACCCGGAGCAGCCACCACCGCCGCGCAUAAAUGGGUGCCGGCGACCCGCGAGCCAGCGGCGCAGACGGUCCCCUCCUCUCCCCCUCCUCUCGGCCUCUCUCCCAGUCCCCAGCGGCGGCUAGCCUAUCCAACAGUGAAAAGCGCACGCGCUCCCGCCGCCCGGCCGGGCUUCCUUCCUUCCUCCUCGGUCUUUAGCGGCAGGGAGCGCGUGCGGGUGCGGCCGAGCUGAGCAAGUGAGGAGUGAUCCGUUUGUCGAGAGACUAGGGAGGGUGACCGAGCGACCGUCUGCUUUGGCCCGGGGCGUACGACGACGGCGAUGCCGUGCUCUUCGCCGGCGCCGACGUGGCUGCUGCGCGUGGGGCCCGCGACCGACCAGGCCUCGUCCUACUCCUCGUCCAAGGGCGGCGGCCGCGUGCUCACGGCCGGCACCAGCACCAUGGACACGGGCACCACCGCGGGGGCGGCCCGGUGCGGAGGCGGCGGCGGCGGCAAUGCGCACGCGUCCGACCACCAGGAGAGCAGCAGCAGCGGGCAGUCCCGGCUCGCGGCGCGCGGCCACUGGCGCCCCGCCGAGGACGCCAAGCUCCGGGAGCUCGUCGCGCUCUACGGGCCCCAGAACUGGAACCUCAUCGCCGAGAAGCUCGACGGCAGAUCCGGGAAGAGCUGCCGGCUCCGGUGGUUCAACCAGCUGGACCCGCGGAUCAGCAAGCGCCCCUUCAGCGACGAGGAGGAGGAGCGCCUCAUGGCGGCGCACCGCUUCUACGGAAACAAGUGGGCCAUGAUCGCGCGCCUCUUCCCCGGCCGCACCGACAACGCCGUCAAGAACCACUGGCACGUCAUCAUGGCGCGCAAGUACCGCGAGCAGUCCACCGCCUACCGCCGCCGCAAGCUCAACCAGGUCGUCCAGCGCAAGCUCGAGGCCGCCACCGCCGCCGUCGCGGCAAUGCCGCCGGCCGCCGGCCCCGGCGGGGACGCCGGACACCACCACCACCACCUCCUGGCCGCGGCGCACGACGCCGCCUACGGCUUUGCCGACCCCUACGGCUUCAGCUUCCGCCAUUACUGCAGCUACCCGUUCCCGCCAGGCGCCGCCGCGGCGGCCGAGGACCCGCCGCCGCCGCCUCCCUUCUGCUUCUUCCCCGGGCCCGGCGGCGCGGCGGCGCACGCCGACAUGCGCCUCCCCUGGGUGCCGUCGUCGGACGGCGCCGGCGGCGGCGGUCGGAACGGGGAGCCGCCGCCGCUCCUGCUGCCCGUUCCGGGCGGCGGCUGGGUCGAGGGCGUCGGCGUCGGGGGCGCCGCGGCUGCGUUCCAAGCCACGGCGACAAGACAGGGCGGCGGCGGCGCUCACUUCGACGCCGCCGCGGCGCCGUCACCGGCAUUCAUAGACUUCCUCGGGGUCGGAGCCACAUGAAUGCAUGCACGAACGGUCGGUUUGAGCAUGCAGUUUGCUUGGGAGUUGCAAUUGCAGUUGCAGGUGGAUCAAGGACGACUAGCUCGAGCUCUCUAGCCUCUAGCUUUGCCUGCCAUAUAGGAGUAUAUGAGUACAUGCAUCCAUGGCUUAGCUUAUGUAGUAGCACCAUGUAAUCUGCUAGCUAGCUAGGAAGUGGUCAGGCGAUUCUCUUGAGCUCAUUUCCAUGGGGGCUUUGUAGAGGUGGGGAAGAAGGAUGAUGCUUGGACUUUGAUCAUUUGGGGAUUCAGGUUACUUGAUUAGCCCCCGGCCACAUGAAUGUAUGCAGCGCACAGCGCAGGCAAGGAGACACUGAUGAUGGGGAAGUGGAGAGCGAGCUUACUCUGCCAGUGAUUCUUUGAUUAGCCGAGUGUAGAUGAGGGAGGGGGGUACUGAAAGCCUAGCUAGAUGGAGUAGCCAAGUAUGGUAUAGUUUUGUUUUUGUUACUUUGUCCUUGUACUGCAACACUAUACUACCUAUAUGCAUGUUUUUAGUCGUCCCACCAGUUGAGUUGACAUUGGUUCAUCUUAAUUAUUUUGUUGUCCUAAUAAUGCAUUGGACAUCUUAUGUUCUA